GUUAAACAGUUGGCAUUACCGGAAUUACACGUUGCGAACUGUCAUUCGUUUAUACAAAAAUUACGAUAAGUAUUUUACACAUCAUCAAACGCGAAACUAGAAGAUGUACAUUACACGUGUCGCGUGCUGCGGUAUUAAAAGUUUUAGAUAUAUUAUUGUGGAAAAAAUAUAACUAAACAAUUCUUGUAACCUAUUCAAUUCUCAAUGCACAAGAUGAAAACUUUACUAUUUUUGGGUCUAUUUUUUAUAAUUGUUGCAGUGGAACCUAAAGAGGUCGAUCUAAAGCAUUUGAAAUGUUUAGUUUGUAGGGCAGCUAUGAAUGAAUUGGAAAAUGAGGUUCUCAAAGCUAAUCCAAAUAAAUUAGUUAACGUAGGUAAUUUUAGAAUGGAUGCUGAUGGGAAUACUAUAUAUAAAAAGGUGCCGUUAGGUCGAUCUGAAACACAUAUUUCGAUUUUGCUGGACAAUAUUUGUGAAAAACUGUCGGAUUAUGUGAGAGCAACGAGGAAGUCUGAUAAUCAAUUAAUGAUCUUUAAUCUUAUGUCUCCAUCAGGUGGUAUGAAUCCUAUUAUGAGUGAAGUAGAUAUAAUUCAAGAUGGUGAUUUAAAUAAGAGCCUCGAGCAUUAUUGCAGCGCUGUAGUGGAAGAAUUUGAAGAAGAUAUAGUGUCAUUGUACGUUGACGGCAUAUCCAAUAAGAAAAAAGAACUUUGCACAAAGAUCUCAAACAUUUGCAAUGAAAAUUAUGCCGAUGAGGAAGACGACGAUUAUAAUGAUAAUGAAGUAGAUAAUGAUAAUUAUGAUUCAAAUUUUGACAUAGAUAGAGACGAAUUAUAA